UCAGUAAUCCUACAUAUAAUAUAAACGUUUGAAGUAACUUUGGUUGAAGCUUUUAAAUGUGUACGGAAAAUUUCAACUUGGAUAAAAUUCGGGUCGCCGUGUGUUAGAUAUGUUUGGUAAUGAUUGGGAAUUUGGUAUCAAUAAUUGGAUAGUUUGGCUAGUCUUGACUGUCUUUGCAGUUUACGUGGUUGUUCAAAAGCGAUUACAAUGGAUGAAAUUACCACCCGGACCAUGGGGUUUGCCUGUUAUAGGCUCCCUUUUUUGGCUUGGAUUCAAUCCUCAUCUCUCGCUUACGAAGCUUUCCCAAAAAUAUGGCGACAUCUUUACGAUCACCUUCGGAAGUUAUAACUCGAUUAUUCUGAACAGUAUCGACAGCGUCCGUGAAACCCUCGUGAAGCGUUCGCGUGUGUACGGUGGACGUCCGCAACUCUACUCGUUCACUGAAAUUCGUGCAGGUCUAGGAAUUCUAUUCAUAGACCAAACUCCAAAAUACGAACGACAACGAAAACUAGCGAUUAGAUCUUUGCACCGCACCUUCUAUGAAGCUAAAAAUCUGGACGUGAUAUUGAAUAAGGAGGCUAUAAAACUUUUAGGCGAAUUUUCCAAACUGCAAAGCGAACCUUUCCACCCGAAGGGAUUGUUGAGGCUUUUAGCUGCAAAUCUUAUACUGAAAUCGUUUUUUGAUGCAGAUUUCGAGUUUAAUGGUCCAGAACCACAAGAGGUUGUUGAAAUGGUGGAAGAUUUCACAAAAAAUACCAGCCCUGUUAAUCUUUCUGAUAUCGUACCAUGGUUGCAAUGGUUACCUAUUGGUGACUUCUCGAAGAUGCGAAAAAUGUUUCAAGAUUUUGUUGCCAUGCACGAGCGUUUUUAUAUAUCUACCAGACGAACUAGAGUACCUGGAGUACCAAGGAGUCUUACUGAUGCAUUAUUGGAUAACUUACCGCUGUACAAUAAAGGGGUUUUGGGCACAUGCUCAGAAAUUACCGAGACGGACUUGGUUUAUGUGUUGGCAGAUUUAGUCGGGGCUGCAUUUGAGACAAUCGCCAACACGUUGAGUUGGGCAAUAAUGUUAGUGGCAGCACAUCCCGAUUGGCAAAUCAUGUUACAGUCGGAACUGGACGCUGUUGUAGGUAAGGAUCGCUUACCAAGUUUGGAAGAUAGGAAUGAACUCCCAACAUUAAACGCCGCCCUAUAUGAAGUACUGAGAAUGAGUUGUGUCGUGCCAGUCUCCUUGCCUCACUCGACGACGGAAGACACCCAACUUCGAGAGUACAAUAUUCCCAAGGGAACUUUUGUAUUUUUAAACAUUUGGGGAAUUCAUCACGACCCGAACUAUUGGGAAGCACCAUACGAGUUUAAUCCCGGGAGGUUUUUGCAUGGAGACGGAAAGUUCUUCGUACCCAGACAUGAGAGUUUCAUUCCGUUCUCGACGGGUGGAAGGUCGUGUCUUGGCGAAAGAUUAGCUAAGGAUGAAAUAUUUGUCUUUCUUGCAGCAAUUGUUCAGCGAUUUCAUCUGCGUCUAGUAAACAAUGAAAACGUUAAUGAUUUUAAUGGAGAGUAUAGACUAACUCUUGCACCGAAACCUUAUCUGCUUCAAAUUAAUGAAAGGCGAUAGGAAAAUGGUUUCCUGGUUGUUCUCGGAACCGUACUCCGAUUCUUGUACACGCGCAAUUUUAGUUUCUUAACACCUCGCCAAAUGAUUUGUACAUGUAAAAUGCACCAAUGAAAUAAAUCAAUGGGCGGUUUCCUUUGAACGGCCAGAAUGGUCAGAUUGGUCAUAUUUUGAAUAGGAUUUUCAUUUUCCGUGCUAGGCAAAUAUGAAAUAUAGCUAAACGAGCUAAACGAUAUACUUGAAUGCAAAUAUAUAUGCAAAAUGUCAGAUUACCAGUAAUCUGUCCGGUCUGGCCGUUUUUACCGUGACAAAGGAAAGCGCCAAGUUAUUUAUAAUUGUAACCUGAAAGAUAUGAUAAUUUUUAAGUAAUUACAGAUAAUAAAGGUUUAUUUUAACGAUUAAAUA